AUGGUGCCAAAGAAAUUUUCUUCGCAAGAUUUGCCAACAAUUGUAUUGGUCACACCUUGCGCAGUGGCCGGAGAAUACAAACUGGUUGCAACCGCGAAGCUUUUGGGUGCACAUGUGAUAUUCGAUGGCAGCAAUUCCCACGUGAAAGAAGCGAAUGCUAUGACUGGAAGAUCUGAUAGUCUUCAAAACAUCAGGAAGAACAAUCAGUUCAAAGACACAGACAAGAUCAACAUGAUCAGAUUUGUGAAUUUGCGAAAGGUAGCACCAUCAGACGCCACCGUGACUGCAAAAUUGAAGUCUGGCUGGGGUGUGGGAAAGGUGCCGGUGAAUAAGUUCAAACCUAUUACUUCAUUCAUUGUGAAGCGGCCCUUCUCGCAAUCUGCUGCGUCGCCUGAGCAGCCUUCUGCAAAGCGCCGUAGACGUACAAAGUACACACCAUUGGAUGAGAUUGAGGAUAAUGGGUUGGGUGACAAGUCUGUAGGCGAUGAGCCAGUGACAAAGUCUGAUGACAGAUCUAUUGAGUCAAGCGAUCCGUCUGCAAUCAGAAAUGAUCCCUCAGAUGAGCAGCAUGACGUUGUUGCCAGUGAAGAUAUGGCUUCGGGCACCACGGCCGGGAAGGAUCUGCUUCAGUCGAGCAUAGCGCCCGUGCAAGCAGAGAGCGCAGGCAACGCUGCAGGCAGUAGUAUUGAUGGUGUACUACAUGAUGGAGGUGCCGCGUCAACCGCAGAAGCACUGCCGGACUUUGAUCAUGAUCAGGGUCACCAUCCAGACGGUAGUGACGCCCUGGCAACAUGCGAUCAAGAACGUGAAGGCAGUGUCUUGUCGGGAGAGACGCCGGUGGCUCCAACACAGGAUGAUGUCAAUGCUGACUCGAAUGUGAAUGAGAAGGCUGACUCGAUUCCUGGCGCCGAGCAAGUUAUGGCCAUGCCGCCUCCACCUGAUGAUCAGCGUGAGACGACGGAGCCACUCAUCAUGUAUCAUGUGUGCUUGCCAUGGGCCAUCAAUGUCAGUCUCGUGUUGCCAGUUGUGCAGAUUGCGGAAGAGACAGUUCAUGAUGCUGCAGCUCUGGCGGCGGAGGUCCCUUGCUUCACCAGCUUCACCAGCAGCGUCCGCUGCAGCAACAUGGGCUACAGCAACGAGUCGGCCGCCAGACAAUGGUGGCCAUCGUCCAUGCUUCGCAAAUAUUCAGAGCGACCCGAUGCUGUUGACUGGAGCUUGUGCAAGCUGACUGCUCUUAAGGAUCAGGAUGCGAGUGACAGGAUCCUUGCGAGUUCGCUCGGCACAAGCGAGUCGGUUGUGAAGGCACUGCGGGGCCUCGCCGAUAAGAUCGGCAUGACCUCGUUGUCUACAGCCUACUCGGGCAUAGAUGCCCCAGGGACGUCAGUGUUGCAGAUCAUAGCAGGCCUGGAGACAGAGCACAGCAUAAAGGCUCAGCACCCACAACAUCUAUGGGGCAUGGAAUGGAACAGCCACUGCCAAGUGGAACUGCAACAGCAUCCAGCUGCAGCCCAAUGCCUGUUUGGCGACCUUCAAGACUUUAUUGUUCCACAGGUGAGACGUAUGGUACCAGAGUUGCUUGCGCAGGGCAGGUUGACGACAGUGCUUCAGCCCCUGGUAGCUGAACACCCGGAGAGAGUUGUGACGUUGUUUCCAGGUCUGCACACUGUCUACGACACAACUGCCAGUGCUCGAUCGACCGGAGGAGCUGGAUUGGGCGUCUGGCCGCCCCAGGAGCAGAUGGGAACUGCAUGGGGCAUUGCCAAGACUGCGCUUGCAGAGUGCAAGAUGCCAGCUUGCUUGACGUCUUUGGACCACAAGUCCAACCGGGUGCCGAGUGUGAGGAAUCUGUCAUGGUUCAUUGGGGGCAAUGAGCAGCAGAAGCAGCUCAUACGCCACCCAUUGAACGGGCGUCGUCAGGACACAGUGCUGAAGGAGUACAUCAAGUCAGAGGCCUUUUACGCUGCAUGGGCUGCACCUGACCGAGAUGCCUACCCGAACCUGAAGUUGACAUACAAGGUUGAGAAAGCGUGGGCGAACUAUCGCAUGCAGAACGGGAUCACCGCUCGCAUGGCCGAGUACGAAGUUAGAUAUCGUGAGUUCGUGCAAUCAUCUUGGCCGGAGGUCUUCAGCAGCCGUCGUCAUUUCGAGAACACCCGCCAUCUCUACAACUUGUUGGUGCGAUGGGGAUGCUUCAACGAGUUCAAGUAUUUGGCGCAGUCACACUGCAACUUUUUGCACGCAGAGUUGAGUCACGACGCCGCUAUCUAUGUCAUGAAAGACUUGCUUGCUGGGUGUCAGGGAUUCACUGACGCAAUGACGAGCCAGGAGAGACACAAGAUCGCCAUGGUCAUCUUGUCGGCUUGUGCUGCUUGGCUGACUUGUCGCCCGCCGCUGAUGCAGCAGUUGUCGUUCUUGCGCAGGAAAAUGUCAAGCGCCAGUCAAGUUUAG